AUGAGUGAGUUUCAAGUUAAAGCCAAGGAUAUAUUAUUUCCAGAUUAUAGAGGCCGGUUAACAGAAGGUGUGACAUACAAUCCGUCAAAUAACACUUUGAUUUGGGUCGACAUUAUACAAGGAGAAGUGCACCGAGCAUCGUUACUUGAGGGAAAGUUUGAUGAAAGCCAUGAAAAAUUGAAGUUCGAGGAUCCAAAAGAGUCGAUAGGAGCCAUAGCGUUGACCAGUGAUGAUAAUGUGAUUGUUAUAUGCGGCAAACAGGGGAUUGGCAAGGGUUCAUUUAAGACGGGCAAAAUUGAAUAUUUUUUGAAAUACAAUCACAACGAGACCCAAAGAAAGAGAUUGAGAUCGAAUGACGGGAUCAUUGAUCCAUGGGGGCAUUUGUGGAUCGGAGUUAUGACCGAUUUUGAGAUUACUGAACAAGAAGGUAAGGUCUCGCCAGAAGGAAAGUUGUACAGAAUCAAUUGCCAUGAUUUGACUAUUCAGACGAUGGUAGAUAACUGCUACAUACCAAAUGGAUUAGCAUUUUCCCAGGACCGAAAACAUUUUUACUGGACCGACUCGUUGACUCAUACGAUUUGGAAAUACGACUACGAUUACAUCCCUAAUACGCUAUCGAACAAGCGUAAGCAUAUUGACGUGAGAGAAGUGGAUGUUUUGGAGCAGUUUAGUAGUCCCGAGCCGGAUGGGUUGGUGAUGACGAGGUCUGGUGAUAUCUUUUCAGCCAUAUUUUCAACUAGCAGAGUGUUACAUUUCGACGAGCACGGCAAGUAUGUUGAGGAAUAUAAAAUACCGGCAGAAAGAAUAACCAGUGUAACCAUAGGGGGAAAGUCAAACGAUGAAUUGUACAUUACAACUGGACACCUUCACUUAAGCGAUUCGAGUGCGUUAAUUGACCCUACCAAUAAAACCGGUGACUUAGGUGGGUUUCUUUUUAGAUAUAAGUUGAAUAAACCACAUGAUGUACACGUUAAGCACAUCUGGGGCGGAAAGUUGUGA